AUGGAGAAGUGCAACAUCCUUAGUUGGAAUGUUCGGGGUAUGAAUAAAGGUAAUAAACAGAGAGAUAUUCGCGACUUGUGUCGAUUGAAUAAUGUUGGUUUUGGGGCGCUCUUUGAGACCAAAGUCCGCCAUGAGAAAACAGCAGGAAUAAUUAGUAAUAGUUUUCCCAAUUGGGAUUAUUACUCGAGUAGUGUGAUAUCGUACAUAAUAUUGCUUAUUUGGCAAUCAAAAUUUGUGCAAGUUCAAAUUCUUGGUGAAGAUACUCAGUUUGUGCAUUGUAAAUUCAAAGUUUCUGGGCAUAAUACAGAGUUCUUUUUAACUGCUGUGUAUGGCUCAAACUCUAUGUUGGACAGGAAAAUUUUGUGGGAUAAGCUUGCUGGGUUAGGGUAUUUGAAUUUUCCUUGGAUUGUUUUAGGAGAUUUCAAUGCUAUUUUUAGCUAUCAAGACAGGAAUGGAGGUAGACCCAUAACUGCAAAGGAGGUUUAUGAUGCUCAAAAUUGGCUGUCUUUAGGCCAAUUAGAUGAAUUUCGCUGUGUUGGUUCCUCUUACACCUGGUCUAAUAAGCAUGAAAUAGGGGACCGAAUAUACUCAAAGCUGGAUAGGGUCUUUACUAAUGAGAAAUGGCUGAAUCUCUUUCCUAACACCGAAGGAAUUUGUAAAUGGGACAGUAUUUUAGAUCAUAGUUACUGUGUAAUCAAGAACCAUGUUAUAGGGAAUAUUGGUAUCAAGCCUUUUAGGUUCUUUGACUGCUGGAUGUUCCAUAGUAUGUUUAAAGUUAUUGUUCUUGAUAGUUGGAACAAAGCUACCUCUAAAGCAGGCCUUGCCAGAAUUAUCCUAAAGCUCUACAGGGUGAAACACAUGUUAAAGAAAUUCAACAAAAAUGAAUUGGGAGACAUUCCUCACAGCUAUCAGAUCAAGCUUCAAGAGUUGAUUCAAGCUAGGAAGAGGUAUGUUAGUUUCCUCCAACAAACCAGUAAAAUAACUUGGUUGCAAUUUAAUGAUGAAAACUCCCAUUACUUUCAUGCAAUCAUGAAAAAGAGGAGGGCUGAGAAUAGAAUUACUUCAUUUGUGGUAAAUGAGGAGGUGAUUGAUGAUUAUGAUAAGGUGGUAGAGCAUUACUUUAAUCACUUCAGGAACUUCAUGGGAAAGAAGAGUUCGGCCACUAAAAAGAUUGAUUCCAAUAGCCUGAGUUUUGGUGAAAAACUUUCUGUUCCGCAGCAGGUCAAAUUGAUCAGGCCAUUCACUAAGGAAGAUGUGAAAGAAGCUUUGUUUGUCAUUCACUCAAUUAAGAGCCCCAGUCCAGAUGGGUUUGGUUCAGGUUUUUUCAAAGGCCUUUUGGAAUGA